UAGCUGUCACUGUCAGUGAGUGAAGCAACUAAAAUAAAUUUUACAAAGCUCUCGCAACUCUGUCAUUUACUUUUAAUUUAAUUGCGAAAUUUAUCUAACAUCUAGAUUCUGCUAUAUUGGUUCAAAUAGAACAUUUGUCAUGGCAGACAAUCCUAGUGGUGAUGCAUUGUCGGAUGCUGAUAGGUUGAAAGAGGACGAGCUAGCUCGAGAGCUGGAGCACAGUGACACCGAUGAAGAAAAUUCUCAAGAAAUAUCUCUAGAAAUAGAAGAGAAACUACUCAAAGAUGAACCUGAAUAUACAACACUAGUGAAUUAUGAAGAGAGCAUACAAAGUACAAAUAAAACAGACAAUGAAAUCAUUGAGACAUAUUCUGACAACUCACAAAGUGUGGAAACAAUCCACAGAGCUGAUGAGCUGGGUAACAUCUACAUGGACAGCUCAGAAACCUUCAUAAACCCACAGGUUGAUGAUAGCAUAACAGAUCCCGCUGAGAACUAUGAUUCCUACAUAUCAGAAUACAGAUUUGAAAAUGAAAAUCAAACAAUUGACAACACCACAUUGGAAACAAAUGAAGCGAGGAAUGAAACAAGUGAACCAGAUGAGUUAAAAGAUAGUAUAGUGUUGCCAGAUAUGAAUGAGUUCCAGCAAAGUGAAAGCAAUUAUGACUCGCAAACGGCUGAAGAUAUGCUCAUGAGUGAACGAGAAAGGGAGAAGAAAAGUAAGAAGGAGUUAGAGGAGGAAGAAAGAGAAAAGAUGCAGGUACUAGUCUCAAACUUUACUGAAGAGCAACUGGAUCGAUAUGAGAUGUACAGAAGAGCUGCCUUCCCUAAAGCUGCAGUAAAGCGCCUGAUGCAGACCAUCACAGGCUGUUCUGUUGGCCAGAAUGUUGUCAUUGCUAUGUCUGGUAUAGCAAAAGUAUUUGUAGGAGAGGUGGUUGAAGAAGCCCUGGAAGUAUUGGAAAAGUCUGGAGAAGCGGGCCCGCUGCAGCCCAAGCACCUGCGGGAGGCGCUGCGCCGACUGCGAAUGAGGGGAGCCAUUCCCUCACGGAAGGUACACCGGAGUAUGUUCCGGUCGUAACGUAAUAUUCUUGUAUAUUCACUCCAAAAACAAUAUAAUUGCGAAUACUCCAAAUCAAAAUUAGAAAAAUAAUAAAUAGUUCAAGUUUUAUCUAAUGCUGUCAGGUAUCAAAAUAACUAUAGUAAUUAAAUCACUUAAUGAAUUAAGUGAUGAUUAGGGAUCAGAUUAUAAUUUAAUCAAGUACAAUUUUUUGUGUUUUUGUAAGCUCCAGUUCCAUGUAUUAUUCACAAGGAGGAGUCACACAUUGAACAGGCAAAGAAUAGCUUGUUUGGAAGUGUGAUAGGCCGGAGUCCCAGAGUCUGCUCUAGUCUACAAAGCAUGAAGGCGGAAAUGUUUGACCGAGAUAUCUUCACCUACAAACACAUACAUACCUCCACUUUCCAUACACAUACAAUUCAAUCUUAUUGUCUCUCUCAUGACAAAACUAAUUUCAUUCAUUUUUAAAUUUAAUACAUAAAUAAUAUUUUUUUUGAUACUUCUUUACCUAUUCGUAUACUUUUGCAAUGUUAUACUAACCAUUUAUGUGAAAAGAAGCAAUAAACAUACAUACUAAUUACUACCUAAGUAAAAACUUAAUAUGUAAUAAGUAGUGCUUAAUUUGUUAAAUUUGAUAAUAAAUAUGAUGAUAAAAAGUAGAA